CGGCACUUUAUUGAGUUGAACGAAUCCCAUAGAAUACGAAAAAUAAAACUGAUCUUUUACAACUGCGUUCCGGGGUUAAAAGUUUCUCUCCGUGUUACGCGCUUAAUCCAAAAUGGCGUGACCCCCAUUCGUUCGUGCGUGUAUCGCCCGUCGUAGCUGCGUAAGUAGGUAGCCGUCCGACCGAACAAUAGAAACAAGUGAAAUGCGCAGCAAUACGGCGAAUAGAAAAAACAAUUGAAGCAAUGAACCUGUUCGUCUAACGAGAUUAAGAUCGCGGGACGACCUCUGGAUUUUAUAAAACAACCGUCGGUCGAUUCGCGUUUUCAAAGUCGCCUGCGCCCGACAAUAAUAAUACAUCGGACUGGUUUUUAAAGUUGCAAGAAUUUUAAGGACUGCUUCUGUGGCGCGAACGGACGACGUUAUCGACGAAUCGUCCGCCGAUUUUUUCGGAACACGGUCGGCGAAACUGGCGAUCGAUUGCACCGUUAAAAUUAAUCGAGUGUGAUUAAUUUCGCGUGUCGAUUUUGUUAUAACGCGCGAGAUGAUCUGUUUCGGGCUGUGUUUCGUGUGUUUCAUACAGAUAUGUCUGACGGCGUAUACGGGAAGAGGUCCACCAAAAGUAGAAAAGAUUCAAAAUUUUUCCGACUCGUAUAUACCAGCAAGUAUGCAAGUGAUAGCACAUUUGAGCGAACUGAUGAAAUACGAGCUGAAUCCGCAGCCUUCUACUACCACAACGUCCACCACCACCAUGAGGCCAACUCCGUCCCAUAAGCCCGGGGUCUACGCACCCGAAAAUCCGCAGGCCUAUUACGCAAACCGAAAAACGUACCAAGAAUUCGUCAAAGAACUGCAGGAACCCAGCGGACCGAACUAUUUCGACAGAUACUACUUCUUAGAGCCUCCAAAUGAUCACCUGGCGGCCAGAAGUCUGUCUGACCAAGAAGAGGACGAUUUCGCCAAAGAGAUCGAUUCCUAUUUCGGCAAGGGAUUCGCCCACCUCUUUAAACUGGCCAAUAAAGUCGAUGACGAUUGCGGCGAGGAAGGCAAAUUCCUCCAGUUCUCGAAAAACUUCGACGACGUAGAUUUCGGAUUGGAAUUGUUGCGGCAGCUAAGGCAGAAGAGGAUACCACCGACCAGAGCGUACGUUACUUUGCUGAAUUUGUACGACACCCUUAAUAAGGAAGCGAAAAGAUUGGGUCUUAGCAAAUUUAACGGGUACAAUAACGCAGUGCUGAAGACUCUGGUAGACUCGUCCUCUGGAACAUCCAGCGAUCAACUGAAAAUAGUCCUUAGGAAACUGCUUGACAAUCAGGACUCGAAGAAGCCUGACGUCGUCGCUAGAGUCAGGGAAGUUCUGCAGGAUCUGGAGCAGCCUAGCAGUUACAUCAAUGCAGCUCUCAAAGGAAUCCCACCGUUGAAAUUUGCGUGGCAAUUUGCUGCGUCAUCCUGGCACUGCUGGCUGCUAUAUCAGCUUUGCCUGAGCACAAUGACGAAGCACAAACCAAAAUCCAACAAACUGACUCGCCGUUCUCCCAAUUUUUGAGGAAAAUCUUCCCUAACCUCAAACCCAACGAAUACAGAGACCUCGACAGUAAAUUGAGAACCAUUUUGGGCAACCAUCAUCUCUACAUAGAGUUUCUGCAUCAGUUCGCUCCCAACCGAUGGUUCAAACCACUGCAGGACAAAAUUCAAAGGGUUCAGGAAAUUUUCAGGAACCCGAAUCAGGCCAGUCAUUCAAUUCCGUUUGGGUGCAACCGGCCGGGUUUCACGGUACUGAACCCUCAGAACGAUGACAAAGUUCAGCAGCAGCCAGAGGUGGGUGGGAACUCCAGCCAUGAGACUUCCCCAGGUUCUAAGCUCUUCAUAUUCGAAUCCAAAUCUCGUCCAAACCCGCACUUGUCGCUAGAAACCACGUAUAAUAACUCCAACGAAACAUAAACCAGGGAAAACACCAUUUCACAUCAAUAAACUGCAGUUUGUAAUUUUGUUU